AUGUUUGCUGCUGCUACCAAGAGCUUUGUCAAGCAAGUUGGAGAUGGAGGGAGAUUAGUUCCUGUUCCAAGCCUCAGUGAAGCUGACAAAUACCAACCUCUAAGUCUGGUGGUGAAAAAGAAGCGAUGCUUUCUGUUUCCUAGGUACAAAUUUACCUCGACACCCUUUACACUGAAAGAUAUUCUUCUAGGAGACAGAGAAAUUUCAGCUGGUAUUUCAUCUUAUCAGCUACUGAAUUAUGAAGAUGAAUCAGAUGUUUCACUCUAUGGAAGGCGAGGCAACCAUAUUGUGAACGAUGUGGGGAUUAAUGUUACUGGAUCAGAUUCUGUUGCCGUCAAAGCUUCAUUUGGUGUAGUCACUAAACAUGAAGUGGAAGUUUCAACAUUACUCAAGGAAAUUAGUUCACGAAAAAUUAAUUUUGAUCACAGCUUGAUACGUCAGUCAAGGAACAGCAGAAAGGCAGUAUUGUGUGUUGUCAUGGAAAGCAUUCGAACCACACGGCAGUGCUCACUGUCUGUGCACGCUGGAAUUCGUGGGGAAUCCAUGCGGUUUCAUUUCAUGGAUGAACAGAAUCCCAGGGGAAGGGACAAAGCUAUUGUUUUCCCAGCGCACACAACCAUAGCUUUCAGUGUUUUCGAACUCUUCAUCUACUUGGAUGGUGUUUUUGACCUUUGUGUCACUUCAGUGUCAAAAGGAGGAUUUGAAAGGGAAGAGACAACGACGUUUGCCAUGCUCUACAGGUUGAGGAAUAUACUGUUUGAAAGAAAUAGAAGAGUGAUGGACGUCAUUUCUCGUUCACAGCUUUACUUAGACGACCUGUUUACUGACUACUACGAUAAACGUUUCAGCAUGACCGAUAUUUCACUCAAAGAAGGGACUCACAUCCGGGUUAACUUACUGAAUCACAACAUUCCCAAAGGACCGUGCAUCCUCUGUGGGAUGGGGAACUUGAAAAGGGAGACGGUGUAUGGAUGCUUUCAGUGCUCUGUCGAUGGGCAGAAGUACGUGAGGCUUCACGCAGUUCCUUGCUUUGAUAUUUGGCACAAGAGAAUGAAAUAA